GACGUCUAACUGUAACUACAGUAUUAUUAUUAUUUACUCGGACCUACACACCGCGCCUCUCACAGUGGUUGCAGUAUCACUCGUACUACCACUGUAAGUAAGGUAUACAUGCCAUGUCAAACAACAUACAAUCCUUCUCCAUAGAUCCAUCCGUACUCGUUCCAUCUCAGGCCUCCGGAUAACAUUCAUCGCCGACUCAAUCUUUUUCAAUUCCCCCCCCGCUGUACUGGGGUGGUAUCAAUUGGGCGAUACCAUGUCCACGUCCACUAGCCUCACCACCACAGAGGUGUACUCUUUGCUCUCACUAUCCUUAGCUUGCGUCGCCAUCCUCGCAAACACCCUACAAGGUGAUGGGAACCCAUUGAUCGCGUCUAUUGCCUUCAGUGGCAUCGCCUUCUCAUCCAGCUAUGCUCUCAUACGAUGGUUGGGAAAUGCAUUCAUCCGACGGGGUUUCAAGGGCAGGGACAUGAGCAAGACGAAACAGACAGAAAUCCCCGAGACCAUGGGCGCGGUGUGUGCCAUGGUCUAUCUCUUCGUACUCAUCGUAUUCAUCCCUUGGCCAUUCUACAAGGACAUUGUGGUCGCAACCUCUGGCGGCGGCAAUCGAGAUGUCAUGCAAGAGCUCGAACUGGUGGAGACGGGGAGGUUUCUCCACAGGUUUCCCCACAACAAGCUGGCAUCUUAUCUGUCCGCACUCCUCUCCCUUCAAACCAUUGUACUCCUCGGAAUCGGCGAUGACCUCUUCGACAUCAGAUGGCGGCACAAGGUGCUGAUCCCAGCGAUUGCUGCCAUUCCCAUGCUCAUCGUCUACUUUGUCGACUUUGGCGUUACGAAGAUGGUAGUGCCCACUCCACUUCGACCCUAUCUCGGGGCGCUCUUUGACCUUGGUUGGCUGUACUACGUGUACAUGGCCCUACUGUCCAUAUUCUCCGCGAAUAGCAUCAACAUUCUUGCUGGCAUCAAUGGCAUCGAGGUGGGCCAAUCGCUGGUAAUCGCAGUCCUGAUCGUCUUCAACGACGCUCUCUACCUGUCCCCAUUCGCUCCCUACCCGCACCCAGCGACUGACUCGCAUCUCUUCUCACUCUAUCUCUUGCUUCCCUUCAUUGGCGUGUCCCUCGCCCUGCUGAUGCACAACUGGUUCCCGGCUAGGGUGUUCGUGGGCGACACGUACUGCUACUUCGCGGGGAUGGUGUUUGCCGUGGACGGGAUCCUCGGACACUUCAGCAAGACGCUGAUCCUGCUGCUCCUCCCGCAGGCCUUCAACUUUGUGUAUUCAGCGCCGCAGCUCUUCCACCUGGUGCCGUGCCCCCGACAUCGGCUCCCGCGCUUCAAUGCACGGACGGGCCUGUUGGAAUGCUCGCGGGUGGAAUUCGACAGGCCUCUCGCUCGACCGAUAGCGGAGGCUUUGAAGCUGUUACACCGGCUUCGGCUGCUGGACGUCGAGACUCAUGAUGGAGGCGAGGGCGAGGAGAAGGGUCGCGUGGUGAGUUCGUCCAACUUCACGCUCAUCAAUCUUUGGUUGGUGUGGUUUGGGCCAAUGCGCGAGGAUCGGCUGGCGUUGGGGCUUCUGGCGCUCCAGGCGGGUGUCGGCGUGCUGGGCUUGUUUGUGCGGCACCGCAUGGCUCUGCUCAUCUUCACCCAGGACAAUUGGUAGAUUCCAGCAAACAUAAACACAUCUAUCUACUGCGUACCCCUUCGGACACUGUACAUUGUCCAUAAUUUUUAUGUACAUUUUCUCUGGUUAUUCUUAGUUUCAUCACAUACAAGCUUUCUAUUAUUAAAAACCUAGCUAGCUUGAAAAAAAAGUCUACACAGGGACUCCAUACACGUCCCACCGAAUAAAUAUUAUCUAAAACCU